AUGAAUGUGAUUAGAAAGGUGAAUGUAGACAUCUCAUUGGUGGAUCUUUUCACCAAUUUCCCGAGAUUCUCCAAGUUCUUCAAAGACAUGAUGGCGAACAAGGAGAAACUUCAGGAUGAGGGGAUUGUGGCAUUGAGCACGAAUUGCUCACAGCUGAUAUCUGGAAUCAUGCCGACGAAGAGAAGAGAUCCAGGAGGUUGCAUCAUACCAUGUGAAAUUGGUAACACGAUUUUCACAAAGUGUUUAUUGGACCAAGGUUCAGGGAUCUCACUGAUGGCAUUGAAAACUGCUCGUGCCAUUGGUUUGGAGGAAAGAAUGGAGCCUAUUGACAUCGCUCUACAAUUGGCUGAUCACUCCAUAGUGAAGCUGUAA